AUGACGUAUGCUUUAAUAGAAUUCUAGACGUGUUGGUAACUUUUGCAGCACUCUUUAUAGAGUAUAAAUGAACAGGGGGAUAUACUUCUAGUUUGAAUCCUUGUUCGUGAUUGAUAAUGAUGUUAGUAGCCCACAUAUAUUUAUAAUUGUUAGUGCCAACAGUCCGGUCUUAUCGCGACGAUGGCCCCAUGUUGAACUGACUGUUGCUCUCUUGACCAGCUACCUCCCCGGCUUCCAAUAUUAUUAAUUCGUAGUUACCUACAAACAUCAAUCGAGAAGAUAUGCGGGCUCCCACGACAAUAUGACGACAAUAUGACGACAGAGAGCUAUGAAGAGUUAAUCAAAUCACUGUGCGCGAGCGACCCGCGGAUGAGAAGGUCCAUCAUAAAUAAACCACCGCCGCCAGCAAAAGUUUGGAAGCCGUGGUGUCGGGCCAAGGUCCGUGUUCUUGCGCUUCAAUUCGGCCCGGAUGGAUCCGUUAGUCUUCCUACCGAGUAUACAGACGCGUCAACCCUUGCGGCUAGCCUCGUGCAGGAUGCAGCAUUGGCCAGUCAUUCGUCGCGUUCCGUAUACCUACUCGAAGGGCUCUCUAGGGAUUUUGUCCACGUUCUCGGUGACCACUUUCAGCUUCAUCCUUCUCUAUUCGUAGACCAUGAGAGGCUAACACCUCUUGGCGACCGGCAAACUGGGGAAAACGGAGGUCUUCCAUUCUUACCAUCCGCAACCUGCGGGAGAGACCAUGUCUCGCUCAAAUAUCAUGAGCCGCUAGUUCUUUCGCAGCGGCCAACCAGUUUCCGCUGCCUCUGCGACACAUCCGGGAGGCAUGUCGCUGUGACAAGGCUCAUGGGUGAGAUGUCGAAAGUCGGCGUUAGUAGGCGUAAGUGUACAUUUUGGAGCAGAACCACGGACGCCGGUGGCUGGAAAUGUCUCAUUAUAUGUGACCCCCCUAUCCGCCGGAUUCUAACAGACCAUACCGGGCGAUCAGGAUUUGAUGUUAUAACGAGUCAUUUUAACUCUGGAUAUAUAGAUUUCGUGCCACUAUCAAAUCAAAUGAAGGCACGGUCCGGACCUCCUAGAUCCUCCCUAGUAGAAGAUUUAUUAUUCUAUUUACAGAAGCACUCCGAUACAUUAGACCUCACUCAUCCCAAAUCUCUACGUAUCUUCGUCGAGAAGAUUAUCGCCAGCCACUUCCUCAAGUUAGCCGAAUUCCUACAGUCCAACACUGAGGUCGUAUUGUGGCAUCUGUCAAGAAGACGUGAUCUAACACCUUUCGGCGUCGCUACAGCCGAAGAACUCUGGAGUGAUGUCCAGUCAUGGAAGCGUCGGGUUGCCGAGUACCAAGAUGAUCUAGAAGGAACUAUGUUACAGCUUGGAGUUCAACUUACGCGAUCCCCCGAUACCAGCCGCAUCGAGAGAUGGACCGACAGCACUGCCGAUUUUCAGCACCUAUUACACCGCUAUCGUCAAAUCGAGAAGCGUGUAAACGAGUUAGGCAGUGCUAUUAACACCUUAGCUAGUCUCGCAGGCAACCGCGUCUCUGUUAGGACAGGAGAACUAUCGCUUCAGGAGGCAGAGCGAGCAGGUCGCGAAAGUAGAAGUGUCAAGGCCCUUACGGUCCUAGGUAUCAUAUUCCUCCCAUUGUCAUUCUCAGCUUCUAUCUUCAGCAUGGCAGAUUCUUACCUUCCAGGGAGCUCACUGUUUUGGGUGUACUUUGCGCUGUCAAUUCCGCUACUCGGAUUUGUCAUACUUGUGUUUUCCAUCAUAGAACUAGGAUACAUGGACGGCGGAACUCGGUGGUCUCCUGGGUCGGGAAUAGAGAAUAUAAGACAGAACCUAAUACGAGGAAAGAUUAGAAACAGGACACUAUAGCCUCAUGUAUGUAGUACGUAUAGCUGCAAGGCAACAAUUGCAUCUAAAAUACGCCAACCUCGUGCUGCUAGC